AUGGAUGACCUUGAGUCGCUUGAACUCUUGUCCCUCGUCUCGAGAGUGACAACUGAACUCCAAAAUCACUUAGGAGUCAACGAGAAGACCCUCGCAGAGUUUGUGAUUGACCAGCAUCUAAAAUGCAAGUCUCUCGACGAAUUCAAGAGCUCCCUGAAGGCUGUUGGAGCAGACUUUCCUCAGAGUUUGGUGGAAAGUGUGGAUCGCCUAGUGCUAACAAUGCAUCCUAAGUAUAAGUCAAAGCGAGCCAAACCAGACGAACAGGAAAAUCAACAUAAUGGACGAGAUGAGGGAGCGGACGACAUUGAGAAGAAAGCAAGAGUUUUCAAGGGGCUUGCAGUCCCAGACAAUAAAGCACCCAACUGGACUGAAGAGGAGCUUGAGCCAGAGGAUGACACGAAUACAGGGGCUAUGGAUGACACGUUUGCAAUGCUGGAAGGGCUGGCCGGAAAGGCAAAGGCGGAAAAAAAUGGAUAUUCAAGCAGUCGAAAACGAAGCAGAAGCCCCGAAAUUGACGAUUACGAUAGUGGCCGGCCUCGUCGUGGGAGAUACAAGUCCAGGUCCAGGUCCAGGUCCCGAUCCCGAUCGCCUAGCAGAGAUCGGCAUGGAAGCAAAUACUCCCACAGAAGUCGCAAAUAUCCUGAUGAGCACAAGGAACGAGGGCGCUCCGGGCGCGCUUAUAAUGAUGAUGAUGAAUUCAGGAGACCACCUACACUAGAGGUGGACGACCGGCCGAUUCUAUUCAAAAUCUAUGAUGGGAAGGUGACCGGUAUCAAAGAUUUCGGUGUUUUUGUGAACCUGCAGGGGGUUAGGGGCCGGGUUGAUGGCCUGGUUCAUGUGUCUGCGAUGCAAGAGGGUGCAAGGGUAAAUCACCCAUCCGACCUUGUAUCUCGUGGACAGCAAGUCAAGGUCAAGGUUGUUUCUAUACAGGAUUCAAGAAUUGGCCUGUCGAUGAAAGAAGUUGAUCAAGUUUCUGGCCAUGAUUUGGCUCCCCAGAGACGAAUUGCAUCAGGAGCAAAUAUGGAAAGGCUAGACGGAACCGGCGCAGAUGAUCGAUAUGGAAAUCUGGGGUCUAGCGUCCCCGUUAUAGAACGUGAUUCGGGCGCUAAAAGAAGCAAGAAGAGGCUAAAUUCUCCAGAGAGAUGGGAAAUUAAACAACUUAUUGCGUCUGGUGCUGUGUCUGCUGCAGACUACCCAGAUUUGGAUGAGGAGUAUCACGCUACGUUAAGGGGAGAGGGGGAUUUUGAAGAGGAGGAGGAUAUUGAUAUUGAGGUACGCGAGGAGGAGCCUCCGUUUUUGGCCGGCCAAACCAAACAGUCAUUGGAACUUUCUCCGAUUCGUGUUGUUCGAGCACCGGAUGGCUCACUUAACCGUGCUGCUAUGGCUGGAGCAAAUCUUGCGAAAGAAAGGAGAGAGAUCAGACAACAAGAAGCCCAAGACAAGGCAGCGGAAAAGGCAGCUCAAGUUGAUCUCAAUGCGCAAUGGCAAGAUCCAAUGGUAGCCCCGGAGCAGAGAAAAUUCGCAUCCGAGUUGCGCACCGCCACCACUGAAAAGUCAUCAGAACCAGUUCCGGAGUGGAAACGAGCAGCGCAGAAUAAAGAUGUGUCAUACGGAAAAAGGACAAACCUUUCAAUGAAAGAACAACGUGAAAGUCUUCCGGUGUUCAAAUUCCGCAAGCAACUGCUAGAAGCUGUACGGGAAAAUCAACUACUUAUUGUCGUGGGUGACACUGGGUCCGGAAAAACAACGCAAGUCACCCAAUACCUAGCAGAAGGAGGAUUUGCAAACAAUGGCAUGAUUGGAUGCACGCAGCCUCGACGAGUGGCCGCAGUGUCUGUUGCCAAGCGGGUCUCUGAAGAAAUUGGCUGCCAGCUGGGCCAGGAAGUUGGCUAUACCAUUCGUUUUGAAGAUUGCUCUAGCCCUAAUACCAAGAUCAAGUAUAUGACCGAUGGUAUCCUUCAAAGAGAGAUUCUUUUAGACCCAGAUUUAAAGAAAUACUCUGCUAUAAUGCUCGACGAAGCCCAUGAGAGAACUAUUGCCACCGAUAUACUUUUUGGAUUGCUUAAGAAAACCAUUAAGAGAAGGCCUGACCUUAAGCUUAUUGUAACAUCAGCCACUCUUGAUGCAGACAAAUUCUCGGAAUACUUUAACGGCUGCCCUAUCUUUUCCAUACCAGGAAGGACAUAUCCCGUGGAGAUCAUGUACUCGAAGGAGCCCGAAUCAGAUUAUUUAGAUGCAGCCUUGGUUACCGUGAUGCAAAUUCACCUCACGGAACCGCCAGGAGAUAUCCUUUUAUUUUUAACUGGUAAAGAAGAGAUCGACACUAGCGCAGAGAUCUUAUAUGAAAGAAUGAAAGCGCUGGGCCCAAAUGUACCCGAGCUUGUUAUUCUUCCUGUUUAUUCCGCUCUUCCAAGCGAAAUGCAGAGCAAGAUUUUCGAGCCAGCUCCUCCGGGAGGGAGAAAGGUCGUUAUUGCAACAAACAUUGCUGAAACGUCGAUUACAAUUGAUCAAAUAUACUAUGUCAUCGACCCUGGAUUCGUUAAACAGAAUGCUUAUGAUCCAAAGCUGGGUAUGGACUCGUUGGUGAUCACACCAAUUUCACAAGCUCAAGCUAAGCAACGAGCUGGUCGUGCCGGAAGAACAGGACCUGGAAAAUGCUUUCGGCUAUACACAGAAGCUGCAUAUCAAUCUGAGAUGCUACCGACAUCAAUUCCGGACAUCCAGCGUCAAAAUCUUACCCAGACAAUUCUUAUGCUCAAGGCAAUGGGCAUUAAUGAUCUCUUACAUUUCGACUUCAUGGACCCUCCCCCAACCAACACCAUGCUUACAGCUCUUGAGGAAUUAUAUGCCCUUUCUGCCCUUGACGAUGAAGGACUUUUGACUCGUCUCGGUCGCAAGAUGGCUGAUUUCCCCAUGGAUCCCGGACUCGCUAAGGUUCUGAUUGCAUCCGUGGAUAUGGGUUGCUCUGACGAAGUCUUGACCAUUGUUGCUAUGCUUUCCGUAGCUCAAGGAAUCUUUUAUAGACCUAAGGAAAAACAACAGCAGGCUGACCAAAAGAAAGCUAAGUUCCAUGACCCCCAUGGCGACCACCUUACCUUGCUCAACGUGUAUAAUGCAUGGAAACAGUCACGGUUCAGCACUCCUUGGUGUUUUGAAAAUUUUAUUCAAGCGCGGCAAAUCCGUCGAGCCCAGGAUGUACGCCAACAACUAGUUACCAUUAUGGAUCGAUAUCGCCAUAAGAUCGUAUCUUGUGGUAGGGAUACCACGAGAGUUCGCCAGGCUUUCUGUUCAGGCUUUUUCAGGAACGCUGCCAGAAAAGAUCCACAGGAAGGGUAUAAGACUUUAAUUGAAGGCACUCCUGUGUACAUGCACCCUAGCUCAGCACUCUUUGGGAAAGCCGCUGAGCAUGUCAUUUUUGAUACUCUUGUCCUUACAACAAAAGAGUACAUGCAGUGUGCUACUACAAUAGAGCCAAAGUGGCUCGUUGAGGCAGCACCAACAUUCUAUAAACAAGCAAGUACCAAUAAACUAUCAAAAAGGAAAAGAGCUGAGCGCAUUCAGCCACUACAUAACAAAUUUGCUGGCGAAGACGAUUGGCGACUAUCAGCUCAAAGACGACAGGGUCGUGGCGGUGGUGGUGGAACAUGGGGAUGA